UUACAACUCAGUAAUGGAACUUAUGGGCUGUCGAGUCAGUUAAACUAGGAAAUAAGAUUUGUAAUAUCUUAUCUGAUGUAAUCGGGAUUGCCAAAAUGAAAUUCAUCUCUGUUUUCCGGACUUGGAUCUUUAUGUCAGUAAUACGAAUCUCAGGCACACUUAAGAACCUGCAUGGAUACACAGGAAGUUGCAUCAUAAUUCCAUGUUCCUUUGCUUGGGCUCAAAGCAACCGAAAGUAUUUCUGCAGAUAUCCGUGUAAAGAUGAAGCUGAUAAUCUAGUUUCAUCUGAUCGGUCACCGAAUGGGAGAUUCAGACUGGAGGAUUAUGGGAAUAGAAUCUUCAAUGUGUUCAUCAGUGAACUACAGGAGUCAGACUCUGGGGUUUACUUGUUUGGAGUGCAGAGAAUUGGUCUAGACACAUAUUGUGAGGUCAAUCUGACAGUAUCUAAAGCCAACAAACACACAAGCACACUCAAACCUGUUUACACACACUUUUCCACAUCUCAGUUGAAUCCUCAACCAGUAACAAGAUCCGAGUCACAACCCUCCACAAUAAGAUCAUUCUCAACACCAGAAGACAUCGCAAUCUCUCCAUCUAUACAAGGUCCUCUGGUGUUCACUGCUGUGUGUCUGACUGUGACUCUGAUAAUAUUUGGACUGGUUCUCAGUGUAUGGAAAAGACAAAAGAGAAUGUCAUAUAGUUCCAGUGUCCGAGAUCCUGCUGAUGCUGAAAUCAGAGACACCACAUGCAGCACACAGACUACUGCUGUGUAUGAGGAGAUCACAGACACUCAACAGCAGACUGAACCACACAUAAUGGGCACCAUGUGUUUGACUGUAAAUACAAGUCCUGCCGCCAAUCAGAUUCAAGAACCUCCAUUAUACUCCACCCUUUCCUUUUAACCAGAAUCCUAUAGCACCAAACAAUCUCCAAACUCCAGCACUGAUGGAGCACCUUCUGUUACAUAUACACCCAUUUACGUGAACUGAAAGCAAGUAUUUGAUCAGAAGACAGUAACAUUGUAGCAGGUGACAUGUAGAGAUUAAAGUGGUGAGCAAGUAGGAGAAGUUAGGGAUGGCAGAAUGACUAGUAUGGACAGCAUGUUUGUUACCAGUCGGAGUUUGGGAUCCUAACCCUUGAAAAUGGUUGCAAGAAUUGAAUGUUUUGGAACAUUGAGUCUGAUAUAAAAAUGAUGUGUCUGACUUUGCUUUGUUUUUAAGGGGGUGGGUAUUGCUUCAAGGUACAACUGUGAGAGCAAACUUUGGUAUUCAUCUGCCCUCGCAAAAUUGUAGCUGUAUUGGGGCUAAAAGCUCUGGGAUGGCAGACUAGUUAUAUCAAGCUUGUAAGAAUUAUCUCGAUAUCUGGUGGCAUCCUGUUCUCUUUUACAUUAAAGCUUCUGUUGUUGGGGAGUCACAUGAUGCUAUGCAAGGGUUGUUCGCUUACCCUAUACAUGUAAGCCAUUUACCCACUACAUGUUUAAAGACGAGCUAUGCUCAAACUUUGCUACAAUUAUUCUUUUAAGUAAUUUUAACUAGUGAGAAAUGUAAGCGCAGCGUAGUUCAAGCGGGAAGACUAGCAGCUGUACAUCAUCGCACCACUAGCUAGGUAACUCCCAGCCAAUCACUUGUCAGCCAUUGCUUUAUAAGUGUGCUCACAAUCUAUCACAUUACUGUUUCAGUAGUCUAACACAGCAACCUCCACCACCCCACUGCCACCAGUUGAGCCCCAUCCUGCACAGGGGUAGGCUCCUCACCCCUGCCUCCUAUCUCCGGCAGGAUAUGGCAGUUCCAAGUAAAAUGUCUUCGGACUGCCGAGACGGGGCUUACGCCAA